AUGGGCGCAGACACUCCCCUUUGGGAUCCCUUGUCUUUGCACCCAGUCUUGGUGCACCAUGGGCAUUUGCACUUGCUCUUGGCCGUGCUGGUGGGCCUUCCGAGCCUGCACUUCACCGGCCUCUUUUGCUCGCCUGGUCUCAUAAGGAGUGUCGAUGUCGCAUGCAGAGUCCCAGCAGGGGCAGAUUUGCACCAUGUUGCCGAGCUAGUCAAGGCCUACUCCGGAGGUGUCUCACCAGGUGUCUUUGAUGUCAUAACCCCGGUGAGGCCGCUCCGCUUUGCAGAGUUCGCGGAGUUCGUUAGGCUGCCACAUGUCAUCAGAUACCAGUCCGGCAUGAACAUGGCCACCAUCAUUCUAGACCUUACGAGAGUCGGAGGGAAUUACUUCCCCUACAGCCUGCCCAGGACGAUGGGACACCAGGCAUUCCUGGAUUUCAUCCAGGACCACAUCAGAGUUGAGGCAGAAGAGGUUUAUGUCUUUGUGGGAACCAGGCCCGAGCCCUGGCCCAAGCGUGAGCCCUUCGAAUUCAGGGAUGGGGACGCGGUCAUUCUCUCCAUCCAUCGUGAUGCACAGGUCCAGACAGGCAACAUUGAAGCCCUUUUUCUACCAGAAGCACGAUGGGGGGAUGUUAAUAACCUGCCAAGACUCCAUCCGGCCUCAGGUGUCUAUGUCCUCCAUGGACCUGACAGCUAUUUUAUAGCUGACUACCAUCAUUCAGGCGUUGGCACCGCCAAAGCAGUUUCUGACCGCCUGCGCACAAAUCUGCAAGCCAUCACUACGUGCAGCUUUGAGUCACACGAUUUCGACUUUGGAGGCAAGAAUGGCCACACAAUCUUCUGCGUUGCUGACCUCCCGUGGCCCCACGCCGACCCACUUCAGCUGGCCCGAAGGGACAUCUUCAUUCUGUGUGACCUCCGCGCCUUAGGCAAACCUCCAGAGAUGAUCUACACCAACCACCCAGUCCUGCACCUUCCCAGUGUUUGCGCGAGGUUUGGCCUUCGGCUUCCGCCUUCGUAUAAGGUCCUCACGAUAGGGGGCAGGGAGGUAGAUGAAGAGGUUUUUGUCGAUGAGCACUCUGUUCUUGUCUUCACUGCUGUCCCGGUCACUGCAGAUGUUACUGGUUCAGAAGGGCCUGCUGACAGCAACAGUGAUCAAGGGAGAGAGCGCGAGCUACCCUCCUCGCCUGCGCCAGAAACCACGGAUGCAGAGGGCUCCUCACAGCCCAGGCUACGAAGUAUUCGGUUCUCCCCCCACGCCGCCGAGUUUAUCAAUGAUGACUUUACCCUAUCGAUUGACUCUGGCACAGGCGGCGUGCUGGGAAUCAUACUUCAUGCGCCUUACUACCAGGAGGACUACCUUGCAAUUUUCUUUGACCCAGCUCAGCCGCGCUCCUCCAUACCGGACCGCAUCCGAGCAUCAGAGCCACGAAUCCCGCUAGAUGCUCUGGAGUGUAUCGUACCGAUCGAUCCCCUCCCGGACCCAGGAUUCGGAGCAUAUCUUGCAUAUCCCCCCAUCCUCGACAGUAAUGACCUAGUUGCUGUGCUUGUCGAUCUCAGGCCAGCUCUGGGUACCAAGUUCGCAGCAAUCUUGCCGAAGCACCUUCCCUUUGAGGCAUGGGACCGAUAUGUCAAAGUGCUUUUGCCAACUAGGCACUACGCCUAUGAUGUCUUUCUUGGCACAGUUGCCUGUGAGACCUGGUCUCUGCUUACUCUCCACAGGAGAACAGCGCUGGUAGGGACCUCUUGGGAUCUUCAGACCAUUUUGGCAAAGGUUCCAGCUGGUAUUCCGGAAGGUUAUCAGGUGCACAUUGAGGGGGCCUGGAAGGAUAACACGACACUGGUUGCCCCUUCGGGCACCACUGUGACGGUUUUCCUGGCUAAAAUUCUUACGCCAGUUGGCCCUCCUGCAGGUGGCCGGUACACUGAGGCGGACCCAUCGGCAGGCGCCACCCCAGGGCCAACAGACAGGUCUGCGCAUCAUGCCCAGGUCAGCACAGGUCGCAGCACAGCCACCAGCGCUUCUGGCCUUUUUGUUGCCGCAGCUGCCAUUAUGGACACAGCCGAUGCUGCGCAUUUUGGACUGGGCCCCUCCUACACGGCGGGCACACCAGGACUAGCGUACGUCAGCACAGGGCUAUGCUGGGCCUUGCACGGCCUGGCUGCGCUUGGUUCCCUCUGCCUGUUGUGUUGGAUUUGCAUUCACAUGAAAGCACUCUGCCACUCUCGAAUUGGCAGCCGAACUCCAUCCGACAAGCUCUUAACCGAGCCUGUUGGGGACACCCCCAGCGGGAAUGCGCAUUUAGACCGCCUCCGUGCUCUGACAGCCGCCCUUGGAGGACGAUGGCUUCGUGAUGCCCGCCCCAUCUUCCCAGGAGCUGUUGAAGAGAUUGACGGACAUGGUGCCGACCCAUCACUACAAGAGGAAGACGAUACCGUCCUUCAUAUUUGUUGCAUUAUCCUGAAAGUCGGACACACCCCAGAGGAGAUCUGUGUUGCGCUCGCCAUUCCGGCCACCCAAGAGGAGGCAGAGACUGCUGUGCUGGCUGCCAGGGAUCCAGCGAUCAGACGCAUUUAUCCCUCCCUGGUACCAGUCACGCCACAACCACUCACUGGCAACGCCGUGUUCCUGGCAGGGCCUGCCUGGAUCGGCAUCCUAGACGGCUGCUGUUUUGAUACCACAGCGGUUGACGGUCGUCUCUUUGCCAUAAGAGCUCCUGAUUAUAUUUCCCGUCACGAGCUCGUCAGCCUCGCACACUUUCAGGAUGCUUGUGAGGUUGAAGGACUGGUUGGCACAGAUCAGGAGCCACUCCUUGACGAAGUGCCCAUCCACCUUUUCCCAGGCAUGCUUGUGACCUUCCUUCCUGCGGGGGAGCAAUGCACAGUGCGUUAUACACUUGGACAGCAACUGCAAACCCGUCUAGUUUGGUCGGAGUGGUCUCUACUUGAGGGCCACCAACCACUGGAUGCAUACUGCCUGGUAUGCGGCGAUUCUGUGCUUUUGCAUUUUGCUGAUCCGGGCGCUCCAAAGAGGUAUAGGGAUCACAUUGCCGACACUGCCAAUGUCCCCGUGAGGUCCAUGCGGAUUCAAGCUGCACAGCCAAGACCCACGGAUGUUGCACUUUGGGGCUUCGCCUGCAGGUCAGUUUUGGUUGUCUCCAGCUUUCCACACACCCAUCCCGAAGGGACUCUGCAUCAUUGCUUACUUGACUGCAGACCACUCUGUGGCACCUGGCAAGCUCUACGAGUACACAUGCAGGGCCAACGGGUGCAAGAUCUCUUGCCACAGAUCACCGACCUGCCUCCCCUUGGUCAUCGUCUUCGCCUUUGUCCGGGUCCAGGUUGCAUUCUUGUUGCCGAAUAUGACAGCCUUCAGGAUUCGGGGGAUCAUUACAGCAGGGGAGCAGCAGAGCAAGAGGACCCCGUUCAGGCCUCUAGCACAGGCAACCCUGGCCCAGAAGCCAUCUCGGAAGCGAGCGCCACCGACAACACUGGGCCCCCUGAAGAGGAUUCAGAGGAAUACUCGCCCGAGUUGAUUGCCCUUCCCCGACGACCACCGACCACUCUUGUAGACCUCCUGGCUGCACUGGAACAACACCGGGACCUACCCCCCACGUUGCUCGCCCUGCCCCACUGGCACCCGGAGGGGAUUGCGGUUCUCAUCGAUUGCAGGCUUGAUCACAGAAGGGUCUUUGCUGUCGUCCUCCCCUUCUUUGUUUACCGAGAUGAUGUUGCUCGAGUCGCUGGCAUUGACACUGAACGGCACUACCAUGUAUAUGCAAAGGAUGUCCCAUGGCCGACCCCCGCCGGGCACCGCAUCUAUCUCACACUAGGUGACCGUUUACUCAUCUGCGACACUCAGACAUUACCGGGACACCCAGUUGACCUGCCCUACGCUCUGGGGGUGACUGCAAACAGAGAUUAUGUGCUGCCCCCUUCGCUGUAUCCAUCUGACUGCAAUUGGGUACUGUCUGACGGCAUACACACAGCUGUUGCUGUCAGAAGUGAUCAUUUUGCUACUGACAGCCUGCAUGUUGCCCUUGCUCUCGCCCUGCCGGCCGGACAUUUUCUUCUUGUCCCGGCGGUACCUCCCAUCAUUGACCAUGCCAACCGAGGGACCUACUCCCAGGGCGUCUUCAUUGCCUGUCAGACAGAGGACUACCCUCCUGCUGGUCAUGGCAGAGGAAUUCCCUUCGUUUUGGAUCCGAGGGCCAUCCUGCUGCCCCUGUCGUGGGCAUAUGCCCCCGAGGGCCGACUUGAUGUUGCUGCUCUCUGCAAUCGCUUGGCCGUACGCUGUCCCAGCGGGUAUCAUGUCAGACUUUAUGGAGGAGAAUAUGAGGCUGAUCAAGGCAACCAUGUCCGCCAUAUCUCCGCGGGUGACGUCCUUGUUGCAGAAUUUCAACCCAAUUAUGUCAGGGACGUGGUAUCACAGCUGCACCCCGCCUCCUUUGCGCACCUCAUCGCUGCACACACGCCGGGGCACUUGUUGCCCAAGGUAGAGCUGACCAUUCAGUCCAGGACUCUGUCUGGGGACAUCCAGGUCAAUAGCCAAGAGGACUCGGAAUUUCCCAACCUGGAGGCCCUUUGGCUUGCGGCCACGCUACUUGAGACCCUGGUCGAGCAUUUUGAGGUCGUCGACCUCUCAGCCGUCUCAUUACCCCUGCAUCAGGGCGUCGGAUCCUUGUCCAUUGAUAUGACCAACAGAUUUGACUGCCUCAGGCUGCAAACACAAGAAGUCUUCCUAGGCCAUGCCAGACUCACCCUCCUCUCUGACUGCCUUGUUGCUCUGCAGCAGACAGCUGGGCAGUGGGAUUGGCAGAGAAUGAACUCGCUGAUCAGCUGGCCAAAUUUGCUGCCCGUACUAGGAGCACUUGACUGGCUCUGGCUCCACAUUGAAAGCACCCUUGCCCCAGAGCACUGGCCCAGACAAGUUGGGUCCUCCUUCGUUGAUCUGCACCGACAUACAGACGACGCCCCUCUGACCCCUGAAGAGAGCCAUGCCGCGCUCGGUCUCUCCGGAGUUGCUACAGAGAGUACUCACAAGAAAGCCCUCAGUGCAGCCCUGCGCUUCAUGACCAUCAACGUUCAGUCUCUAGCUGACAAGGAUUCUGCGCAGAUGCCAGGCUCUCAGCCAGACACCUUCCAGGGCAAGGCCCGAUACCUGAGGGAACAGCUCCAGCAUGGGCAAAUCCAAGUGGCAGCGCUACAGGAGGCCCGCGCUCCGGAAGAUGCUACAUUCAUCUCAGACACACAUAUCCGUAUCUGCACCGGCAGGGAUCCGAAAGGCAAUUUUGGGUGCGAACUGUGGUUCUCACGCACCCUACCUUUCCUUUUUGCAGCUGACACGGCUGGCACCUUCCAUCCCAAAGACCUUCUUACCCUGGCCACCUCUCCACGCAUGCUCUUGGUGAAAUUCACGCGUGCAGGACUCAACAUCCUCUUCGCUGCAUACAUGCGCCAGUCGCAGGGAGCUUUGGUCGUGCUCAUCGGGGAUUACAACACCAGCUUCUCCUUGGAAGUUCACAACCGAGUCGGAGACCUGGUGUGGCCAGCGAAGCAUUCUGUCCCUGAGGGCCUUACCGCCAUUCUCCAGCGCCAUGAUCUGUGGCUGCCCAGCACCUACAGUGCCUGCCACGAAGGACAACACGAUACGUGGAUCUCCCCCACAGGCACCAAGGGAGCCAGAUUGGACUACCUUGCCAUACCCUCUUCCUGGCAUGUGCCACCCGCGAGCUCUUGGGUUGACGUCGAUCUGGACUGGGGCCAGGCUAGGGUUGAUCACUAUGGCUUAGGAGGGAAAACUCCGUCUAGCGGACAUCUGCAGCCAUCUACCUUUGCAGCCGUGGUCGACCAACGUCCACAGCGCCAGCUUGCACGGCUCGGCACCACUCUCAAACUUGCAGAAGUCCAAGCUGCCCUGAGAGCCUGGUUUCGUGAUCUGAUUUCAGAGCUUCAGACCACCAAAGGCAGGCUCAGGCACCUCAUCCGUACGGAUGUUCGUCAGCGCAUACAAGAGACAGCAGCGGCUGCCGCGGCCAUCCCCCGUGCAGAUGUUGUGACCAGGCUCCGGCCGCUUCUGGGCCCACCCCGUAGGAGGCAAAAACAGCGUCAGACUCUCAAAACAGUUGUGGAUGAGUCUGGGGCUCCGGCCAGCACACCUGAGCAGGCGGAGGACCUCUGGCUAGCACAUUUUGCAGGUCUGGAGGCAGGGGUCCAGGUCGAUCCUACAGCACUCGCACGCAGUGUUCAGGAGGCGCAGCAAACUCGUGACCUCGAUGCCUAUGCCCUUUCCGCAGGGGACCUGCCCUCCAGAGUUUCGCUAGAACUCUCACUGAGGAAAACCCAGACUGGGAGGGCACAAGGCACCGACAACAUACCGGGCGAGGUCCUUCACUUCGCAGCUGGUACCGCCUCGAAGGCGCUGUUUCAGUUGUUCCUCAAGAUCUCGCUUCGAUCAGCCGAACCACUGCAGUUCAAGGGGGGGACCCUUUACGCGGUCUGGAAGGGGAAGAACAACCCCUCUAUCUGCUCGUCACAUAGGGGCAUCCUCGUCAGCUCCACGACUGGCAAGGCGUUCCAUCGCCUUCUCAGAGACCGCGCCGUCGGUACCCUCCAGAAUGUUUCAGCAGAUAUGCAGAUUGGGGGGCUCCCCAAGUUCCCAGUUGUUCUGGCCUCCCACUAUGUGCGACUGUUUCAAGAAGGAUGUCAGAACAAGCGCCGCAGCCAUGGACUUCUUUUCCUGGACUUUCGCGAAGCAUUCUACCGAGUUGUAAGGCCUCUGCUGACAGGCACUGCCAACAAGGAUGAAGAUAUAGCAGCUAUUCUUCGGGCUGUCCAUCUUCCUCCCGGGGUCAUGCACGAACUACAUGCACACCUCAAGGCCCAAUCCUUGGCGAGAGAGGCAGGGGCGCCCCCCUGGACGGACUUCGGACUCAAAGAAGCCCUUGAUGGUACGUGGUUCAGAUUCCAGGGUGGACACAAGGUUGUCUGCACCAGCAUCGGCUCCAGGCCAGGUGAUAAUCUGGCGGACGUCUGUUUCUCUUUUAUUUUCGCGAAGGUUCUUGCUGCCAUUCGUGACGAUCUGGAUGCACAGUGUCUCCUCCCCGAAGUGCCCUGGCAUGAUUCUAUGCUCUGUAACGUCAUGCCCACUCAGGCAGUCCAGAGCACAUCAAUACGUGCUCUGGACGCAACUUGGAUGGAUGACGCAUCAUUUGUGGCCUCGUCCGAUACAGCAGAAGGCCUGGUCAGUGCGUUAAAAGCUACAGGAACCGCAGUAAUCGAUGCGCUUUGGCCCUCUGCACAGAUCCGGCUGGUUUCCACCUACCAGCACCUGGGUGGAUUUAUCCACCAUGCAUUUAAUGCCAAAAAGAAGGCCAUCUUUGCCUCCCCUGGGGUAGACAAAGCCGACAAGAAAAUCUUGUUCGAGCUCUACAUCUUGGCGGCGACCGUGUGCUUACGCUGCUUGGGCUACCCGCUUUGCAGCGGCCUGGAGCCAAUGGCAGGACAUUUGCCUUUCCAGACCAGGAGCGCUGGCGGUUUGCAGCUCGACAGGGUCGGUAACAAACGCACUGCCGAUGAGGGCAAGUUUCAGGCCCCAUCGUUGCAGGCCCAGGGACCAGUCCUCUCUCUUCAGGUAGACAAUUGGGUGCCCUAUCUGGAGCGGCCCUCCAUAGAAGUUCUCGACUGCCUCCAUUUCGUGGAUUUCGACUUGGAACCAGCGAACUUCACGGAGGCUGCGGUAAAAGAAAGGGCCCGCCUCGCACUCUGCUCGGUCUGCCUUCCUCUGCCCAAAAUCCGUGCUACGGUGAGAGCAUGGAGCGAGCAGAUCCAUUGUCUCUUUGCUGAGGCCCCAGUGAAGCAGGGGGUGUGUCAGACAGUAAUCCACUGGAUCCUCAAUUGUGAUCUAGUGCAGUGGUUGGUCCCAGCACCCAGGGGAAAAGUGCCUCUGCUUCACACGUUCCAACAGGCUGAGGAUAUCCUUAUCCACCUGGAUCACUCUGGCAUUACCCCUCCCGAGGUUUUGUGCCCUCGGGAUCCAACCCUCAUCCGAGUCGGUCCGGCUGACUGGCUCCGUGGACUGCCCGAUGGUCCCAUCUCUGCUGUGGAUUUCACUCAUGAGGAAUGUCUCGAGGCCUUCCGUGAUGGUCGGACUCCAUGCUUCAUUGAGGAUCCUCCCACAGAUGUGAUCUUCCUCCUUUCAGUCCGCUCUCUCCCAGGCUGGUCUGCUCGACCUCUGCCCCCCGUCAAGGACCGGGCAUUUUCCGAGCUUUUGGACCAGGCCACUCUGCAUUAUGAUUUGGUCAGAUUUGCACUAAGGCUCUGGAUUGCUGGCAUCCCCACCGCGCUCAUUGCGGACUGUCUGUCUGAGACUCUCCCGACCCAGGUUCAGACACUGCCCUUUCUUGCCACUUCUCCGUGCCUUGUGCCUGCCCUCAUCUGCACUGGCAAUUUUGCCUGGGAGCCAUUUUUGUUUCACUUUCUCUAA